CACGAAUAGCUGCUAGCUAGCCAGUUGUUUUGGGAGAAGAAGAAAAGGGGCUAGAAGCGGAAGAAACGCUGGAUUUGGUUUUGGAUUCGGCUUCUGGUCGAGGGAUAGCUUUUAUUUAUUUAUAAUUUAAAAAAAAAUUGGAAUAAUGUCGACCCCGGCGAGGAGACGCCUUAUGAGAGAUUUUAAAAGACUUCAAGAAGACCCCCCUACUGGUGUGAGCGGAGCACCUUCAGAGAACAACAUCAUGCUUUGGAACGCUGUUAUUUUUGGGCCUGUGGGAACGCCAUUUGAAGAUGGAACAUUUAAGCUCUUGAUAGAGUUUUCAGAAGAGUACCCAAACAAGCCUCCUACGGUUCGGUUUGUGUCCAGAAUGUUUCACCCAAAUGUUUACGCUGAUGGCAGUAUAUGUUUAGACAUCCUUCAGAAUCGCUGGAGUCCCACAUAUGAUGUCUCGUCCAUCCUCACCUCCAUCCAGUCGUUACUGGACGAGCCAAACCCCAACAGCCCAGCCAACAGUCAGGCGGCACAGCUGUACCAGGAAAACAAGCGGGAGUAUGAGAAGAGGGUGACGGCCAUCGUGGAGCAGAGCUGGGUGGACGUUUGAACUUAUCUCACUCUACUUCCUCUCCAUCGCUCUCGUCGUCAUCCCUGUACUCCACUCAAGAAAAAACCCAGAGGUUAUAUCAAAAGAACUCAAGUGCCACCCAGAAAAGAAAACAAAGCUCAAAAUGAUCCGGAGACAAACCUGAACUUGCCAAUAUGUGUGAGG